GAGCGGGCGCGGACGCGGAGAGCCGCCGCCGCCGCCUCGGGGCCCGGAGUCGGCCCGAUCCCCACGCGCCUCCACGGCUGCCCCCGUCGCUGGGGUCCCCCGAAGCCUGCCCGGGGUGUGCGCCGACUUGUGCUGCCGGCGGGGGUUUCGCUCCUUCUUCCCAAAGAUGAAAGACGGCACAGCCGUCUCUGCCGCUUCUCCAGGACUGUUGCCGCCGCCGCCGCCGCCGCCGCUUCAUUGCACAUUCAAGUGGAAAAUUUUCUGGAGUCAGCAGAAACAUUGUGUCCAAAAAAGACUGAGUCGCAGUAACCACCAAACCCAGGAGGAGACUCUCCCUGGAAAACUUCCCUUCGGUCUAUUUUCUUGAAAAGGCUCCAGGCUUCGGCUUGGAAAAUCCAACCGCCAAAAUUGAGCCCAGCAGCUGGAGCGGCAGCGAGAGCCCUGCCGAAAACAUGGAAAGGAUGAGCGACUCUGCAGAUAAGCCAAUUGACAAUGACGCAGAAGGGGUCUGGAGCCCAGACAUCGAGCAGAGCUUUCAGGAGGCCCUGGCUAUCUAUCCACCGUGUGGGAGGAGGAAAAUCAUCUUGUCAGACGAAGGCAAAAUGUAUGGUAGGAAUGAAUUGAUAGCCAGAUACAUCAAACUCAGGACAGGGAAGACGAGGACCAGAAAACAGGUGUCUAGUCAUAUACAGGUCUUAGCAAGAAAGAAAGUUCGAGAAAUUCAAGCCGCCAUUAAGGUGUCUAGUCACAUUCAGGUUCUUGCCAGAAGGAAAUCUCGUGAUUUUCAUUCCAAGCUAAAGGUAACAAGCAUGGAUCAGACUGCCAAGGACAAGGCCCUGCAGCACAUGGCAGCCAUGUCGUCAGCCCAGAUCGUCUCAGCCACUGCCAUUCACAACAAGCUGGGGCUGCCUGGGAUUCCACGCCCGACCUUCCCGGGGGCACCAGGGUUCUGGCCGGGAAUGAUACAAACAGGGCAGCCAGGAUCCUCACAAGAUGUCAAGCCCUUCGUGCAGCAGGCCUAUCCCAUCCAACCAGCGGUCACAGCCCCCAUUCCAGGGUUUGAGCCUGCAUCAGCCCCAGCUCCCUCAGUCCCUGCCUGGCAAGGCCGCUCCAUUGGCACAACCAAGCUUCGCCUGGUAGAAUUUUCAGCUUUUCUUGAACAGCAGCGAGACCCAGACUCGUACAACAAACACCUCUUCGUGCACAUUGGACAUGCCAACCAUUCUUACAGUGACCCUUUGCUCGAAUCAGUGGACAUUCGUCAGAUUUAUGACAAAUUUCCUGAAAAGAAAGGUGGCUUAAAGGAACUGUUUGGAAAGGGCCCUCAAAAUGCCUUCUUCCUCGUAAAAUUCUGGGCUGAUUUAAACUGCAAUAUUCAAGAUGAUGCCGGGGCUUUUUAUGGUGUAACCAGUCAGUACGAGAGUUCUGAAAAUAUGACAGUCACCUGUUCCACCAAAGUUUGCUCCUUUGGGAAGCAAGUAGUAGAAAAAGUAGAGACGGAGUAUGCAAGGUUUGAGAAUGGCCGAUUUGUAUACCGAAUAAACCGCUCCCCGAUGUGUGAAUAUAUGAUCAACUUCAUCCACAAGCUCAAACAUUUACCAGAGAAAUAUAUGAUGAACAGUGUUUUGGAAAACUUCACAAUUUUAUUGGUGGUAACAAACAGGGAUACACAAGAAACUCUCCUCUGCAUGGCCUGUGUAUUUGAAGUUUCAAAUAGUGAACAUGGAGCACAGCAUCAUAUUUACAGGCUUGUAAAGGACUGAACAUGGUUAUUUAUAUAUAUAGAUAUCUGUAUAUACACACACACAUAUGUGCACACACACUCUCUCCAUUAUUGAAUGACUGACUGUAAACCUCACCACACAGGGUGGUGCCCUGGCCCCGAGGUCACCCCAACUUUUCUAAGUCCUGUUUGAGUGGUCAUUUUUUCAUGUGUUCAUACUAUCAUUGUAGCUGUGAAGUUCUGGUACAGUUGUAAAAAAGAGAAAUCAAGUUGUUUCUAUGUGUUCUUCAGAUCUGCAGCCCACAAUUCCUCGGGAAAGGUGAACCUUAACAACCUAAGUCUCUCUCUGCAGAGAUCUGUUUCUAAUUGUGGUAGAAAAUAUUGAGACAAAGCAUUUGCCAUGGGACACUUACAGCCUUUAUACAAAUGUAUUUAGUUCUCUUUUUUCCAACAUAAAAUUCUUGUUUUAAGAUACAAGUAAAAUUAAUCUUUAAAUAUAAAUGUAAAUUAGUACACAAAACUAAGAAUCUUUAGACUUAUCUUUGUAACUAAUUAGGGUGGAAGUUAUGAAAGAAUGUAAUUCACUAAAUUAUUUUUUAAAUGAAACCUUUCUUUUUGAAACCAAAUGUUAAACUGUAGCCUUAAGAAAUGCUUGGUAGAAAUACCCUAAUGAGACAAAUUUGUACUUUUUUCCUCAAGGUUUAAACUAAUAUCCUAAUCCAUUAAACUCUUGAACAGGUAUCACAAAGGAACUUCACCCCUUAUCCUUAACAUAUAUAGUAUAUUUAAAAAUAUAAAAUUGUAUUGUACUAAUGUGAUGAUUGAUUAUUUAAUGAAAAGAUGGCUUUUUUUGCAAUAAGUAGAUAAAUACUGAAAAAUCUAAACUUAACAAUGUUUAUAGUCUUCUGUGUGCAGUUAUAUUUUAUAUGGAGAACCAAAUUUUUUAUUAAGAUAAAUAAAUAUUUGAACCACUGAAAUUUAAUAACAAAAUUUAAAAAUUGGCAUGAAUACUGCACUGUGCACUGCAAAAUAUAGAGAAUCCUGUGGCUGGGAGAAAAUUUCUCGACCAAACAAGUAAAAGGCUCAUCAGUUUUAGCAUCUCUGUUCCCCCCAAAAUUGUAAGCAUCUUCACCAGCCUGUGGAUAAAUUCUUUAUUUCUGGUGAUCCAAUAUGCAUAAUAGCCUGCUAUAACUAUAGCUCUAUGUGUAUGUAUUUGUAUAGAUGUAUACAUACAUACAUAUAUAGUUAUUCAGCACAUUCGUUGAACAUCUAUUUAAUGUCAUUAGUUUGCUAGGUGCUGAUAUGUAUGUAUUUCUCAAUUCAUGUCUGUAGACUUAAAUGCAUUCUCUUUAAGGACAUUGUUUCCUUGACGUCUGUCAGUAACUCACAGUACUCACUUGUAUGAGUUAGUUUAAGAGGCCCAGCUAUCUCUCUCUGACCUUUUCAAACAGGCUUAUUUCUCUUUCCAGGAGGUUCUCUUUCCCAGAGAGAUUCAACUUUCUAAUCCAAAUAUUCCAAAGUAUUGCCCAGACAGAGUUGGUUUGAUGUAGACACGUAUUUGGGGUUAUUUUCAUAUGUGCUUUACUGGGGAGGGCACAGGGGGAUACCCCUCACCCCCACCUUCCUAAAAGAAAAUGAUGUCUUUAUACCUGUUAGGAAUAUGUAUCACAAUAGAAAGUGAAAUAAGUUUCGUAAGUUGUACAUCAUGUAAAGAUUUUUCCACCAAGCUAGAAAAUGAAAACUUAGUUAUACCACCUCCAGGCAGCUUACCUCCCCCCCCCCAUUCCCUGUCCCACCAUCUAUCUGCUCUGACCUUGCUUGUACAUUGGUCAGCAUCUUGUGGUAAUGAGCAUGAGGGUGUGGCUGGCAAUCAGAAAAACACUGGCCUAAGCCUGACCUCUCCCAGACACAUCACUGGCCACUGGGAAGAUGAGAGAAGGAAGUACAAAGCUGUCCACAUUUGGAAUGCACAUCACUUUGAUAAACCAGCAGGGUAGGGCUGCUCUUUCCUCCAUGAAGAGACUACCGUUUGCACCCUGGUUCCAAGCCAGCCUCUCAUCUGGUUUUCCAUCCAAGCUAACAUUUAAGCAUCUUUCACAGUCAUCACAUUUACAAUGACUUGUGUUUCUCGCAUCUUUCCUCAAGAGAACUCCCAUUCUCUCCAAGGACCAGGACUAUAUGGCUGGGUGCAAAUGGUCUUAUGUGGCUAAAAGCCAGGCCAUCCCAGAAUUUCAGGAGGACAGAUACCUGAUUCGUGUUCCCACCCAGGAAUGGAGCUCUUCUAUGCUGCCAGGAGGGCUCUUGGAAUUUCCUUUUCAAAGCACAAAAAGACCAGGAUCCAGGAUGAGCAGCUAGAGGAUAACUCUGUUGGCUGCAGAGAAAGUCACACCCCAGUCUGCUGACCUUGCAGGGUCAGGCUGGGCCCCUGAUGCUUCACCAGCCACGUCUGCUUCUGCUGAAUACCUUUGUAGUUCUCUGGGUUUACAGGAUUGACCGCGAGGAUUACUUUUUGCUCUUAAAAUAUUUCUAGGAUUUUUAUCAGUUGGUUAGAGCACAGCCUUGUAACACCAAGGUCAAGGGUUAGGAUCCCUAUACUGGCCAGCCUCCAAAAAAAAAAUAAAGAUUUUAAAAGUUUACUUCCUAUCUUGUUCUUCUGAAGUUAAGAUAGGUAUUUCCCUAUCUUAACUGUUGGUCCAGUUACCCAAAACUUUGGGGCCUCUCUAUGUUUCUUCCAAAUUAGACCCUUGGGUGGAAUUUGUGUCAUAACAUCUAAUGCCAGUCUCUCUUUGGUCCUGUAUUCUGUAUGGAAGUCUUCUCUCUUUCUCAUAAAAUCUUUCCAAACCACAAAAGCGCCUUUCCAAAGGCCUGUCCUUACCGUGCUCUUCCGGGUGCUCUAUCUCUUGGUGACCCUCCAAUACCAGGUUUGUUUCAGGGAAGUCUUGUGCUUUCACUGCAGAGUUUGGAGGCCAGUUUUCCGCAGCCUACACAAGGAGGAGCUGAAGAAUUGGGCUCUGGUCUGUUGGCAUUCAUUUCCAUUUUAGUGCGAGACCUAAAAUGAAACCAGGAUUUCUGCAGAACAUGUCCUUGAAUCCCAGAAUGUCCAAGCUAUCCAAGACAAGGGUUUCUCGAUCUCAGCACUAUUGAUGUUUGGAUCAGAUCAUUCUUUGUUGUGUGGAACUAUCAUGUGCAUUACAGGAGGUUUACUAGUAUUCCUGGCCUUUACCAGGUAGUACCAGUAGCACCCCUUCCCCCAGUUUUCACAACCUAAAAUGUCUGUAGACAUUGCCAAAUGUCCCUUGGGGUGCAAAAUGACUCCACUGCUGCCCUAGAUCUUACAGGUCACAGUUACCACAUUUGAGAUUGUUUUCCCUUCCAUUUCACCUGUGAAAGCUUCUCUCCUGGGAGCCUUGUUUCAGGUUAUCAAGAGGCAGGUGGGAAUAUUAAUGAAGUGACAUUGUGUCCAUGUUUCUUCCUGUUUCAAAACUUCUGUUUUGUAACUGUCUCUCUUGCUACAAGUAUUCUUCCACUCAUCCCUGGGGAAGUUGGAACAGCUGAUCACUCUCAUCCCUAUAAUCAACUCACACCUAUUUAAAGAGUGUUUCUGAUUUGAUCUUCAUCCUUUAGUUCACUGGAGUUAAAAAAAAAAAGAAUCCCAGCAAUUUUUAUUAUUUCUCAUAAGCUCAUGGGUCUCAUUAAACCUUUAAUCAUUUCAGUAUAUUUCCUCUGGGCAUCUUCUGCUUUUUGCCUUACAGUCACCGCUGUUUGUAGGAUUUAUUGAAACCUCUGAACAUUUCUUUUUAUCUUUAGGGGUGGAUGAGGGAGGGAUCAGUUCCGGAAGAGGGCUUAUAAAAUUUUCUUUCUUGAGCUAAAACAGAGCACAAGCUCCUCUCCUUCGUUUUGCAGAUGAAAAAGUUGAGGCUCAGAGGGGAGAUCACUCACCAAAGUCACACACCCCACGGGUUAGUGACAAAAUAAGGGUGAGGAUUUUCCCAGGGCUUCUGCCACUUUAAUCCUUGGCCUCUUCUGGUGGAGGCUGUUCUUCAUCGGUGCUGUAUGCUUAAAUGAUCCCUAAGAAUGUGUGGACAGGGUCGUUCAGAAGAAAGGGGGAGCUCAGAAUCCCCCUGUGCUAAAGCACAGUGUCCCCUGCUGCUGCCUCUCACACUGAGUGUCCUGUCUGACCGUAGUGCUCUGAGGCACCCACAACAGAUAGGAAAGCUGAUGAGCCUUUUUCUUUUCCAUGUACUCGGAGGGUAAUUCACCUGCCACAGGCUCUGAGUCCAAUUUCUAUUUGAUAAGCAUCCCAGCAGCAAAGUCCUGCACUCAGACCAGCCCAAAACAGUCCCCAUUCCAAGCACUUGGUGUUAAAAGUCCCCAAGUGACUUUUAAACCCAAGUAUUCAUUAGGUUUCAAUUCUGUGGUGGCGUUAGCAGUUGUUUUUGUACAAACCUAAAUUAUUUAAGUCAUAUGAGAUGACAGUCAAUUUUACAAACCAGGUACAUAUCAUUUGUGUAAUUUUGUAUAUGCUUUGGUACACUACACUAGUCCUAACGAAGGGUAGAACUACUUCUGUUUGUUGGUGUUCACACCUGUGACGUUAGAAGGAUGUGUCUGCAUUGCUUAUUUCUUUAUGUUGAUGUUUCUGUGGCAAAGCCCUGCACAUGUCAUUUCUGAAAAGCCUUAAAUCUUCGAGACGUUGCAUGUAGGGUGUGCAGUGCAAAAGGCUGCCUCGGAACUGUGAGCUCUUUUGUAAGCUGGAAGCAUUUCUCUUACUACUGUUACUUUUUUAGGAAGUUUUCAAUUCAGAGCUGCCAAAGUGUUCCAGUAAGCAGUGCCUUAGUAAUACUGUAGUCGUGCCGCCAGCCUUUUCUUACACCUGUUCUCCAUGUUCAUUUACUAAUUGGCCCAAUAUUUGAAACAGAACAAGCAAAAAUUAUUUCCAUUUUUGUUUUUUAAGCCCAUUUUUUCUCCAGUUCAAUGGGAAACUGACUACUUGGUCUAAAAUCUGAAACUGAACACGAAUCAUCAGUUCUCUGACUGCACUCUCAAAUGUAUAUACCAAAAGGAGAGGUUGCAACUUCGUAGUUUACUAUGAAAAGCAAAUUGUACUUUUAAUGUUGCCUUUUAAAUCCAUGACCAAAUACUUAGCUAUUUGUGAAUCUUCUGCACUCUAGCAUGAAAGUGCCUUUGGUUUGAGAUUCCAGCUUAGAAAAGUGCUGCCAUAAUAACGAUAAUUUGUAGAGAGACCAAAAAUAUUUUGAGAUCACCAUAAUGCCUUUGGUUUACCGGGAUGAGAAACCAACCACAGGCCUCUGUUCACAAGAACACGACAUGGUCCCCGCCUGCUGCGAGUCUGUCUGCCAUUGGGGACCCCCCACCAUCACCACUCGCCCAUCGCACAUUGCAGCAGGAGGGACCCCAGAGACUGUUGUGUGUGUGUGCACUGACGACCAGUGUGUCAUCCCAGCUUGUCACCCAGCCCUGCAUCUGCAUGAGGGAACUUUCCGCACAAACGACAGCAUCUCAGCCGGUGGACAGACGUUACAGCUUCUUCCUUCUCCUCGUGUUGGUGUUCAGUCUCCCUUGAGACUUUCUUUUCCAUUCAGUGACAGUGCGCACUUAUCUGGCUUACACAACGAUACCAUUUUGAAAGUUGGAAGCCUCAAACUGAGAUGACAGUGCAGAACAAAAAUGAGUUAGGGUCAUUAAAAUUGAAGUGUUCUUAGGGCAAAAAUGUUGACUCUGAGUGUUGUGUAUGAAUGUGCUGUGAGAAACUUCCAAAGAGCACCAUUCACAAUUCGGCAUUUUCGAAGAAUGUUCCAGCCCUCGAAGGGGCAACUCUUUAAAGUCUGUGUUGGCAUUUAUCAAAACCUUGUGUAAAUUGGGUAAACUGAUAGAGGUGAGGACGAGGAGUGAAAAGGACAAGAAAGCAAAAACACCAGCCAAAAAGAAGCCAGGAAAAAUUUUUCUUUGCUAAUAUAGACUUAAAAAUAACACUAGACAUCUUUGAAAGCCUCUAAACUCUUAAUACACAUGUUCUGUCUGUCUCUACCUGUGUCUUUAAGAAUAUCUUCUCUGAGCUUGGGGAUUUCAGGAGGGAUUUCUGUCCACUCCAAGUCGUGAGUAUUUUUAGAAAUUUCUGCAUAAAACAAGCCAAAACAAAAACUAUUAAAUGAAAGGAAGAUUACUCAGCAAAGUUAGAGUCAAAUGCCUGGAUUUCCAGCUGCUCCCUGUCAGUACUAUACCGCAACUUGGAAGAAAUUAGUCAAAUGCUUGUUUUCCUGCUUCUCUUUUCAACUGUUACUGUGCUUUGUUUGACAAUAGUUUUCUCUCAUAAACUUGUUGCUAGUAUCAUUAAGAAUGAAGGUUUGUGUUUCAAAUUUAUUGCAUUGCAAAGGAUGGUUUCACUGAAGUCAUGUGCCAUUAAACAAGAUGAAAUAUUUGUAUUUAUUGUCCUGCUCCCUAAGCUGUAACUUGUUUUACUCUGUGAGUCUGCAUUGAGUCACUCGUAGCUACACUACAUCAUGCUAGUAUGUGAAAUGGCAUUUACGUUCCCUCUGGUUCAUCAUUGAAUGGGGUUAGGUUCCACCUCUCUCAGGGUGGCUCUUGCUUUGUCUGCCUCCCAUUAGGAGAUUGCUUCUCCUUCCCUUUUCUCUGAGAGGCUGACAGGAUCCAGGCAUAAAUAUUUGGAAACCAGUCUCUGAUUUUUUCUUUUUUCUUUUUUUUUUUUUUGCAUUAGUCAUUUUCUGUGAUUAGUUUCACUGUGUAAAUUAGAUACUAAUUGUACUUCUCAAAAAAAUACACAUCUCCCUGUUACCUCCUUGAAAGAUUUACUUGUGUAGGCCUUUUAUAAUAGGCUCAUGACUGCAGACAAGGAAAAAAAAAGUAAAAACAAAAACAGUAUGUGCCUGAAAAAUGACAAAAAUUUUUUUGUAACAUUUAAAAAAUAAACCUUAAUAGCCUUUAAUUCUUUAAUAAGCUUAAAUUUUAUGUAAAUUGGUUUUUGCCAUGUGUGUUUGUUCACAUUCUACAUGACUUCAUGGGAUUCUCACAGUCUGUGUCCUUGUGUCACGUGUAUAAAUGGGCUUGUGAAGUUAAGCGUUUCAUCUGGUCGGUGGUUCGUUCCUUUGAUAUUGUACUGCUGCUGGGAGUGGGCUGAGGAACCUGCCUUUGGGUGAUUGGGUUCCUUUUGGGUAGAUUGGAGAAACAGGGAGGGGGUGGGCAAAUUCUCACACGUGUUUUCUUAACCUAUGUGCAGAAACUUUCAAAAAGCAUUUGGUUAAACCUCUUGGCAGUACAGUAUUCUUGUAUUUGUUAAUGUCUGUGUUUAGGUACUGGUACCUUUUUGUUUUAAAAUGUUCUAAGUGUUGGCUUUAAAGUGAAUUUAUCUUUAGUAUGAUAGUUAUAUGAAAAUUAUAGGGUUUGUGUGCAGAGAAUUUUUUUAUAAAGUGCUUUGUAAAAAAAAAAAAAAUGUAUUCUAGCUUUCGCGGUACAUAUGUGUGAUAACUUUAAUAUCCAUGACAGUUAAGUGCAAUUAUUUCAUCACUCUAAAAAUGCUAUUUUUGUGUCAGUUCCUGCAGGUGUUUUCAUGUCUUUGCAAAGUGACACAUUUUGAUGCCUUCUUGAUAAAGUGGUAGACAUUUUGUAGCUUUCUAGAAACUUUGUAUUCAUACGGUAUCAAUGAAAAAUAAAGAAAAUGAAAGUGUGGGUCACCUUUCUUAUCUGCAAAAGUGUA